AUGAAAACAGUCUGUGCCAUGUUAACGGUCGCUGAGGAUCGUUCGUCGCCUGUUGAAUACAAUUGAAAAAUUUAACGAAUAUUUACAAAAGGCGAUAAUUAUAAGUGAAACGCUGAAACUCGAGCACGACCGUCAAGCGAGAAAGAGUCAGAGAUACAGCAAAAGGGAUUAGAAGCGAAUGCUCAGGGAAUUAGAGUUUUUGUAAUCACAAGUUUUGACGUGCUUUCGACGCGGCGUGUGCUAAAGACAAAGCAAAUAAGCUAGUAAUAUUUUAAAGUAAAAAGUCAUUUGAUGAAUAAAGCGAACAGAUCAAAGGUCGAGGAACAAAAAAACAAAAGAAACACAAAUCCAACAACUACAACAGCAAAACCAACAACCAGAACUACAACAACAAAAACAACUGCACGAAUUUUAUCAACAUGUCCAGCUGGAGUUUGGCGAGUGCCGUUUCGCCAACGGUCACGGGCAGCGCUGCCGGUGACGUCAUUGGGCUAAACAAUCUAAAAGCCGCCUCCGACAUAGACAUUGCAACAGCGACUGAUAGCAAACAGCAGCAAAGAGCAGCCCGUCCAACCACACCUGUGCCCGCCAAGAGGUUGACCUCGAAGCGGCCGCCACAUUUAACAUUGCACAUCCAACCGUCAACAACAAAAACAACAACAACAACGGCGGCGACGAGAACAACAGAGGCUCACGAAGCGCCUCUAGCUGAGGCGGAAAACGUUGCGCUCUCCUGCAGCUCUUCCGUCUAUGGAACACCCCUGGGCUCUGCUGCAGCUCUCGCACCAGCUGCCACGCCAGGGAGCCAAAAUACAAGCAGCUCCACCAGCCAUAGCAGCGAUAGCACCGCUAGCUCCAUUUUCCCCCACGAGCAAUACAAGACAAUCAAGAAAAUCGACAUUCAAUUCGAUAAUGUGAAACAUAGUGCGAAAUUCGGAUUUUUCAGGAGAGAAAACAAAGACAUACUGAAGGGCUUAUCGGGUUACUUUCGUUCCGGCGAACUGAAUGCCAUUGCCGGACCUUCGGGCGCUGGCAAGAGCACGCUAUUAAACCUACUCUCAGGAUAUACUUACGCUGGCUAUACGGGUGAUUUUCGCAUCAAUGGCAAACCACGAGACUUGAAGGCGUUCAAGCCAAAUGUAGCAUUCAUCACGCAGGACACAUCGCUGCAGUCUUUCCUGAGCGUCAAGGAGGCCAUGCACUUUGCAGCGAACCUAAAGAUUGGCACCCACAUGUCGCCAGCGGCUAAGAAGGAGCGCGUGCUCAGCAUCCUCGUGGCCAUUGGCAUGUACGAGAGCCGAAAUACGCACACGGGCAACCUGAGCGGGGGGCAACGCAAGCGCUUGGCCAUUGCCCUGGAGCUGGUCAAUAAUCCGCCGGUGCUAGUGCUGGAUGAGCCCACCUCGGGUCUAGACAGCUCAACAUGCAAUCAGCUGAUAACGCUGCUCAAAAAGCUGGCCGUGGAGGGUCGCAAUGUCAUCUUUACUAUUCAUCAGCCCAGCGCCUUAACCUUCUCCAUGUUCGAUCAUCUCUAUGCGAUUGCCGAGGGUCAGUGCAUUUUCGCAGGCGGUCCACAGAAUCUGGUGCCAUUUCUAAGUGCUGCCAAUCUGCGCUGCCCGGAGUCAUAUAAUCCGGUGGAUUAUUUAAUGGAAAUAGCGACGCAUGACUAUGAUGAGGAUGGCGAGCAGCAGGUGAACAGACUGAUAGCACUCAUGGACAAUGGACGCAACGACGAUUAUAGACAAAGCAAAACAAUGCAUGUGGCACAGGUGGCAGCAAUGCUCAAAGUUGAGCAAAUGAUGUCCUCUGGCUUGCUCACGCCUGUCACAGCGCCCAUUAUGAAUACUGGGCCCAAUUAUAAUCGGCAGUCAAUCAGCUUUAAGCCAAUGACGACCAUCAAUGAGAUGUCGUCGCGCGUCUGGGAUAGUCAAACGAUGAACGAGGAUGUGGCGGGCAGCAAAAGCGACGCCAAUUGCUGUAAGCCGAAGAAAAAGAAAGCAAAGCCGACCAUGUCGAUGCCCACAUUGGAGCUGGAUCCGGCCCAUCUGUGCAAACGCGAGAAUAUCUAUGCCACGCCCUUUUAUCGACAAUUGAACAUACUGCUGUUGCGCACAUUUUUGCUCCUCUGGCGGGACAGUUCGUUGACCACGAUGCGUUUCGCCAUCCACCUGAUCAUCGGACUGCUAAUUGGCUUUCUGUACUAUGGCAUCGGCAACGACGCCAGCAAUUCUCUAAACAACUUUCGUUAUGUCUUCUACACCAUCAUGUUCAUCAUGUACUGCGCUUUCUCUGGCAUUCUGGUCAAGUUUCCUCUGGAAUUUCCGAUUGUUUCGCGUGAGCACUUCAAUCGUUGGUAUUCGCUGCGUGCCUACUAUGUGGCCAUCACGCUGGCCGAUCUGCCGAUACAGGUCAUCUGCAGCUCCCUGUUUAUAGUGCCCACAUAUCUGAUGACACGCCAGCCGCUGGAGCCCUGGCGCUUUGGCAUGUUCUUUUUGAUUGUGUUUAUGACGGCGCUGGUGGCGCAGAGCAUUGGACUGACUGUGGGUGCAGCACUGAAUUUGAAUCUUGGCGCAAUACUGGGACCGUUCUUCAUCUGCCCAUUUCUGGCAUUCAGCGGCUUCUUUCUGCAGGAGAAGGAUGCGCCGGUCUAUUUACGCUGGUUCUUUGAUGUCUCGUUUCUAAAAUAUAGUCUGGAUGGUGCUAUGCUGGCCUUGUUCGGCUACGAUCGGCAACGUUUGGACUGCAACGAGAUGUACUGUCAUCUGUCGCGACCCAAGUACAUACUCAAGAAUCUGGACAUGGAGCAUGCCAACUAUCAGCUCGCCAUAUUCUUUAUGCUCGGCCUGCUGAUCAUGCUGCGCAUUAUAGCCUUCUAUAUUAUGUCCUUCAGACUCAGAUUGUUUAGAUGAUACGCUAAUGAGCUCUACUCACAUUCCGUUGACAGUUGAUAGAGUUUUUUAUAUAUGUAUAUUUUAUCAGAUGUACACACUGUAUAGAGUUGAGCAACUGCGAGUAUAUUUAUGAUUUCUUUUAGCAUUUAAUUGAGUGAACCAUGUGCCAAAGAAUUGAACAGCGUGUAGCAUAAGGAGAAAUCGUGAUAUACACAUACAUACUUAUCUUAUCUAAUUGCAGCAAAUAAUGUUUACCCAAUGCACAAUUCCAUAACAUUUAUAUAUUUCGUAUAUAGAUAUUUCUUCAAUUAUAUAUAUACAAAACCCCUUAGACUAGCUCUUGUAUUUUUUUACAAUCGUAUUAAUGACCCCCAUCAUCAACUAUUGCUUAGUUUUAAGCUGAUGUAAAUACAUAGAUUUAUUAAG